ACGGAGGAAUCAGCUGUUGACACGAAAGUGUAUCGCUUGAAGGGGUUCCGCGUUCAAUAACGCCAGUUCUACAGGGAAUGAGGAAGUAGUGUCUUUCCUGGUCAAAGGAGAUGCCCUCGGUUUCCCAGAAUGUUAAGGAAGCGAAGUUAGAGGAAUCAGCUGUUGAUGUGACGCCCUCAGGAUUCUCCGCACCCAAUAACGCAAAUACCAAGUCAACCGAGGAUGAGGAGAGGAUUAAUGAAGAGAAAAGACAGAAGAAAGGGACAGAUAAACUUAAGCAGGAAUUAUUUAACCCCCCUUCGGAGAUAAAAGACUUUGAUAAAACAAAAUCAUUUGGCCAUAUCUACCGAAUUAUCCUCUGCUUUCAAGCAAUAAAUCCAAGUUUGUAUAUAUUAAAGCAUCGUGAACCCUGAACAGUAUUUUAGAAUGUUUAUGUAUCAGUUGCUGACACGUUCGAUGCUUGUCCAUGUGACUAACCGCAGUUAUGUCCACCGUCGUAAGAAUAGUUCCUGAUCCAGCUAGUUCUAGGUGUUGAUCACAUCGGAUAUUCCUUUCAAAAAUCGUUAGUUCUGUG